UAUUACGUCAAGUAAUUCGUUAUAAAAGCCACGGUAUCAACAAUUCAACAUUAAACCAUUUUAAUAAUUGUUCUCGACAAAGUGACAUCAAUUUUUAUUACCCAAAUGGCCGCUAAGGACAAUUUAACAGCCGUUCUUUACGGCAUCAACGACAUGCGAUUGGAGCAACGUCCCAUCCCAGUACCCAAAGACAAUCAAGUCCUUCUUAAAAUGGAAUCGGUGGGGAUUUGCGGUUCGGACAUUCACUACUUGGUCAACGGCAGAAUCGGUCCUUUCGUCGUCGAAAAACCCAUGAUAAUCGGUCAUGAGGCGUCAGGAACGGUCGUUUUAUGCGGGAAAAAUGUCACCUCGUUAAAACCCGGCGAUCGCGUUGCCAUUGAACCCGGAGUUGGGUGCAGAAUUUGCUCGUUUUGCAAAUCCGGGGAUUACCAUCUUUGUCCCGAAAUGGUGUUUUGUGCCACCCCACCCGUCGAUGGAAAUCUCUCCAGAUAUUACGUCCACGACGCUGAUUUCUGCUUCAAACUGCCGGACAACGUGAGCCUCGACGAGGGGGCCCUCAUGGAGCCUUUAUCCGUAGGGGUUCAUGCUUGCAAACGGGCGAAUGUGCGAUUUGGGGACGUUGUUUUGAUUUUGGGGGCAGGGCCCAUUGGGCUUGUCACACUGUUGGCGGCUAAGGCCAUGGGGGCGACUAAGGCUUUGAUAACUGAUGUCGUUGAUAUCCGAUUGGCGAAAGCCAAAGAACUUGGGGCUGACUAUACUUUAAAAAUUGAGAAGAAUAUGACAGAGGAAGACAUUGUUAAAAAAAUCAAGGCUUUGUUGGGGGAAGAACCUAAUAUUAGUCUUGAUUGUACUGGUGCUGAACAAUGUGUUAGAGUUGCUGUUCAGGUGACGAAAAGUGGAGGUGUAGUCACUUUAAUUGGUCUAGGAGCUUUUGAAAUGAAAUUGCCUUUAACGGGCGCCCUUAUUCGCGAAGUUGACAUUCGAGGGGUUUUCCGCUACAAUAAUGAUUAUCCAACUGCUAUUGAAAUGGUGCGAAGUGGGAAAAUAAACGUUAAAGCUUUAAUUACACAUCACUACAAGAUUGAAGAUACAUUGAAAGCGUUCCAUACUUCUAAAACAGGGGAGGGAAAUCCGAUUAAAGUUAUGAUUCAUGCUAAUCCAGAAUGGAAAAAGUAAAUUUGUCUUAUGUAAAAUAAAUGUCAUGUAUGUCAGCACUUUGAAUUAUAAUAUUAUUAAUAAAGCCCUCACAAAAUCA